AAAAAUUUUUCCUUUUGUAUGACUUACCUCGAAAAGGAAGUACGGAAUGAAGAACACAAGCAAGGCAAUGGUAUAUCGUGAGCCUAUGUAAAGUUCCAGCUCCUUGUGCAUCCCGGCCACGCGGGCAUUCGAUAUCUGUGAAAGAAAGUGGUUAUCAUCCUGCUCAAGCAAGCGGUAUCAAAAAUGAAAACCGAUGAUAAAAGGGGAAUCAUACAUUGACACGGUCGAUUAGCGCAAUGGCAUACAAGGCUCCUAGGAUGGGAAGUAGCCGCCAGUCGACUUUGCGUAUCAAGGCUUUCUCAUUAGCUGCUAUGGCUUCAUCGGCAUCCGCCCCGGCAAUCUCGAUUUGCUCUUCCCUAGAAGAACUAUCCUCACGCUUCUCGUGGUCCACCUCAGAAGCUUGAGCCAUAUUUGUUUCAACAAUUGGAGCCAAGUUGCGAAAAUGUUCAAUUCAAGAGGCAAAGGCUAGAAAACAGUAUGAUAGGGGAAUACCAAGUUGGUAAAGGGGGAUACGCUUGAGUGGACAACCCUUCUCGUGAAAGUUCGAGAUGCUCUGAUGUUUGUUUCCAACUCAUUGUCCAAGGCAUGGCCAGUUUCGGAUAUGAGCGACAGCAAUGCUUUUAAACCAUUGAUUUUACGGUGACCAAACAUUCCGCAAACGAUAGAAAGAGCCGAAACGAUAGAAAGAGCCGAAGAAAUGCUCAUGCCUUGGUUGGCAACAUGCAGGUAUUACAACCCCCGCUUUUGUAGAAACAGCAUCUCCUAACCAGCCAAGGAGAGGUCGUUGCGAGAAUAGGGCGCCGAGGGACAAGGUUGGUGGCAGGCCGGUGUCUUCGUCUGCUCAGCUUCUCGAUUCUGGCUACGGCCAAUGAGCGGCAUAUGGAGUGAUGGAAUGGCGUUUUACCCCAGAGAUGAUAGGGGGAAAUAUAUCGGGUCCCAUAUUAUUUUCGUGGUAAAGGAGAAGUUGUAUGCUAGCGCGAGUCCAAUGCCCUGCUUCCGAGGUGAACAUUCCUCAACUUCGAGAUCGAAUUCGGGAAAUGGAUGCAGGGAUAUUUUGCAGAGCACUUGACACUCAGUAACGUGGAGGCUAGCUCGAAAGUUAAGCCUUGAUUCUUAACCUUGUCACAACCUAGCAAAAUGCGGGGUGGAGCCGUCGUAUAGUUCCGAAAGAAUUCCAAAAAAAUAAAAAUAAAAUAUGCUGACCCUGACUGACUGCUUGGGUUGUUUCACAGGCAAUUUUCCUUGCACUAGGGGCAUGAGGCCGUGUGCAAAUGAGGGAGGAAGAGGCCCUGACAUUUGAUUCAUGCAGUGCGGUCGGUGGUAGCCCAAGUUGCACUGCAUACUAUGGUAGGACGAUGCACGGAAAAGUCCAAAACGCAGCUAUCCCAGUUAAAGUGUCAAGACCGAUGCAGGAAAUCCGGAGGAUUUAAAAUAGCGUCUUGGAAAGCUGGCUCAAUCCCCAGCUAUGAGGUAGUUAACUAGUUACACGACAUCUGAGUGGCCGGCGGUGGUGGCGGCUUGCGACUAACAACAAGCGACCUGACUCCAAUAAUGUAGCGGCUGGCAUCAGCACCGGCAUUGUCUGUGACAUUUUUGCCCGAGAUAGGGAAUUAAUUUAUGCUCCCCCUUGCACUUCGAUAGAAGCAAGACUCACGAGCAAAAGGACCCCAUUCUCUAGCUCGUUAUGGCGGCGACAUUUGCUCUGGGUACUGACAGGUUUGUCGUGUCCACGAAUGUUGUCGUUGAAUGUCAGCUGAUAUCUAUCUUAGAUACGGGCUUGGAUAUACAGUUAGAACUCAACAAACGUGCAUACUAUACUGGCGAGAAUGUAAUCAUUCCCACUGUAUCUGUCGAUUCCCCCCUCUAUUUUUAACUUUGUUGAACCACCUCCACACCUCGGCAGGACGAUGGCAGGUAAUAAUAAUAAUAAUAAUAAUGUUGAAGGAUCUGGAAGGGCGUGAAUCCGACCAACAAGUCGACCGCCAGCCCUCAACGGUUCCCCGCCAAAUGGAUGAGGUAUUCAUGACUGCCGGGAAUGCGGGGCUUAAGGAAACUUUGCGCAUCCACUUGAAUGCCGCGGAAUGCGUUUUCUUUUACUGCAGCUCGCUCUAGAUUUUUGGGAAUUGAACUAGUGUACAGAGCUCUUCAGAGAGCGCUACUUACUCUGCCGCCUAGAUGGAAGGAACAGAGUUGCUCACUGGACUAUAUCUAGAACACACGAGAUCAAUUGACAGAGGUUUGUUUGACGGGUGCAGCUAAAUAAAUAAGAGGUUUAAGCAAGGACCUAUUCCCUUAUACGGUUAAGAAUAUGAUGAUAUUUAUAAAAAGUAUCAGGGAAGGGGUAAUAGAACUCAAAAAGAGAAGCAGGAUAUCAAACAUAAACAGUCACGUUAGAAGAAUUGGAAUGUCAUUAAAUAUUCCAUUCAUUCAUCA